GCUCAAGUGAAAGAGGCAGCCUGUCAUUCAUCCGCCGCCGCUGCUGAUCUGCUUGUUCCUGGAGGGCCGGAUUCUGCAGCUCCCGUUGCUCCUCGCAGGAAGAAAGCGGGGGGCCUGAUUCGCAGCUCCACCGGCCCCUGAUUGCCUCCUUUUUUAAAAGAGAGAGAGAGAGAGAGAGAGAGAGAGAGAGAGAGAGAGAGAGAGAGAGAGAGAGAGAGAGAGGGGAUCAAAGUCUCUCUUUUUCUAGAGUGCAACACCUACUUAUCCCGUUUUUGCUUCCUGGAAAUAAAAAGGAGAUGAGCAAACGGCCGUCGCUGGUUGUGUUUGACUUGGAUUACACCCUAUGGCCCUUCUGGGUCGAUACCCAUGUGGACCCCCCCUUCCAGAAAAGCAGCGAUGGCUCAGUACAAGACCGCAACAGGAGACCCAUAAAAUUGUACCCCGAGGUUCCGGCUGUGCUGGAGCAGCUGCAAGCUGAAGGGAUCCCUAUGGCGGCUGCCUCACGGACAGGUGAGAUCCAAGGAGCUAAUCAGCUGUUGGAUCUCUUCGGCCUGAAGCGCUUCAUCCGCUACGCAGAGAUCUACCCGGGCAGCAAAGUCACCCACUUCCAGAAGCUGUCUCAACAAACCGGGGUUCCCUUUUCGCAGAUGCUCUUCUUUGACGACGAAAGCCGCAACAUUUACGACGUCAGCAAAUUAGGAGUCACGUGUAUCCUCGUCCCCAACGGCAUGAGCCUGUCCCUCUUGAAACAGGGCCUAGAAGCCUUCGCUCGCUCCUGAUUGCUGCCUGUGGCUAACGGAAACUGGACAUCCCAUUCUCUCUCGUCAUGUGUGGAGUGUGCUGGGGGAUUUUGACCCCGUGCAAUAAAUCCUCUGUGUGUUUCCCUGCCGUGCAUCGUUUUACACGCGUGUGAACAGUCUAGACUUACCUUAUAGGCACCUUGCCACGCUCCUGUUCACCGACAACUGAUCCACACCCCCUAAGAUGCAGAGCCAGCUGA